AAAAAUCACCUCCAUCCGGGGUCGCGCACAUCCUACAAGUCUCUCUCUGUUUGACUGGCUGAGGUGAAUGUAGAGACUCUAAGAGAGCUCGUGUCAGCGGAGAUGUUGGCAGGUGCGUUAGUUCUGGGCACCAUCCUUACAGCUUUACCAGGUACUGAGAGCAGGUGGAGUGUGUCAUUUUCUAGGAGGGAGAUCUGUGUGUGGGCAGGAACUACUGUCACUCUGCCCUGCCGCUAUGACUACCCAUCAGGUCACACUGUGAAGCGGGUCAUGUGGUUCCGUGUGUCUGCUGAGGGUCGCAGGGAGUUUACGCACCACAGUGACCCCAACCAGAUCAGCCUGUCGUACCGCGGACGCACACGCUAUAUUGGAGGCAGCUACUCCAGCUGUUCUGUCCAGAUUCGGGGUGUGAAGCUGAGCGAUGCAGGUCAGUAUCACUUCAGGUUUGAGACCGACCAGCCGCUGGGGAGAUGGACCUCUCCUGACACCAUCACUCUUGAUGUAACCGACCUCCAGGUCCAGGUGCAUCCAGCCAGACCCGCCAACAUGUUUGGAUUUGGAGAGACAGUGUUUGUCGGCUGCCAGGCCCAAGGAUGUGCAGCUCCAGGAAGGAGCCUUGCACUUUACAGGAACGGGCUAAACCUCGGCUCCUACGAGAAAUGGAUGAUUAUUAACCGCUUCGACCAGCAGCACGUUGGAGCGUACACCUGUCGGCCGAUCCCACCACAGAAUGUGCAGUCACCGUCCCUCUCCCUGGCUCUGGGCCAUGGUCCUCGCUCCACCUCCAUAGCAGUGUUUCCUGCAGGAGAGGUGACUGAAGGCGGCUCCGUCUCUCUGACCUGCAGCAGUGAUGCAGCUCCACCUGUCGAGAGCUUUGCAUGGUUCAAAGACAUGGAGAGUGGCAGCAUCCCAGACAGCUUCAGGCCUCAGCUCCGCCUGUCACACCUCAAAUACACAGACAGAGGAGAGUAUUUCUGUGUAGCGCGUAACUCUCUGGGAACAGAUCGCUCCAAACCACUUCUACUCAAUGUCACUUAUUCUCCAAAGAACACCCGUGUGCUGGUGAGUCCUCCAGGAGACAUCAGAGAAGGCUCAUAUGUAAACCUGAGCUGCGUCAACCACGCCCAGCCGCCUGCCAACAGGUACGCUUGGUAUCGUAUCCUCGGUGACCAGGUGAUUGCAAAAGGUACUUCUCAGAACCUGACCUUCUCGUCUGUUCGAGCUCACCACGCUGGUCAGUACUACUGCAGAGCAUCGAACCGGUUGGGAUACCUGACCUCCCCUGUUGCUGCUCUCACUGUGCUGUAUCCCCCCAAGAACACAUCAGUUCUGGCUCGUCCCUCCAGUGUGGUGGAUGCUGGCCGACCUUUGACCCUGACCUGCAGCAGUCAGGCCAACCCAGCAGUGGACAAUUUUACAUGGCACCGUUUAGCUCUGGACGGGGGCUCUAUACAAUCGUGGGGAACCAAGUCCGGUCCUGUCUUCUCCUUCUCAGAGGUCAGUCCAGGGGAAAGUGGUCAGUACUACUGUGAGGCCAGGAAUCGAAUCGGAGCCCACAGCUCUCCAGUUCUCACCGUGAGAGUCAGAGGUCGUCUUAAGGUCAUCGCCUUGGCCUCAGCAGUGGGUGUGUCUGCUGGACUCAUCACUCUCACAGUGGCCAUAAUGAUCAGUAAGAACAUGCACAGAGUUGACAUAGACUCAGUGGAAGUAGCGAGCAAGCGUCCAUCAGUGACAGCUGACACCAUGUUCUAUGAGUCAGCCCAACAACAGACCUUCCCAGUGAGAAAGGGCAAGAUGUCCGAUAUACCGGAGGAGCCGGAGGACUUGAGUGACAGUUCUCAUCCCUCCAUCGUUCCUCUGAUGGAUGCUCCACCAAUUCAAGAAGUUGAAAGUCGCAGCCCCGCUUCCAAAUACUUCACCGUCCAUUACUCCAGGUUGUCCAGUACGGACCAGGUGCAGGUUCACAACCUGCCACUGGGUGGUGAUAAAAAACCAAAGGACUCCUCCAAAGUUGUUUACAGUCUACUGCCCCAGCCUCGCCACUGACGGUGAAGAAACAGGCCUUCAGUUGAACAACACAUCAGUCAUUCUCAUAUGAGCCGAUGCCUUUGCUUCCGUCUUCCUCGGCGACUGGAAGCUUUUCCCUGUGAACUUUGACACUGUUCACUGCUCUGGUUUUGACCUGAAGUUGGAUCCUGGAUUCUCCAUGAAGGCAGCAUGCCGUCCUGUCUGGGAGUCCAGCUCCUGAACUGUGUUGCAUGUCUUCCCCUUUUUUUUCUUUGCAUCUCACCACUGAAAGCCACUUUGCUUGCACUCCUAUCCACAGCACAGUUACAGUAUAUCUGGUGUUGCUUUUUUGUUGAAGUUGACACUAACUUUUUCAACCAGGUAUAUGCAGAUGGCACAGUAUUGAUGGUUGCUACAGUAUCCUUUGCAUCAUCUGACAGCUGAAAAUCCUUUGUAUGAAAACAUAUCCAAGAAAACGCCACAGUGUGAUAUUAGACAUAUUAGUGGAGAAAACCUGUAGAAAAUUAUUUGACAUGUGUAACAGAUAAACAGUAUUUGAGUCAUAUAAAUUUCCACUCUGCAUUAAACAAUCGUAUCAAUAAAUACCUAAUGGGACUGUUCUGACUGCUGCUGUAAUGUUUAUUCAGUUCAGCUUGCUUUCAUGAAACCAUCCAAGCAAGAAAUAAUGACAUCUUGUAGUUUGUUACACUGAAAAAUAAAACCAAACAAAUGA